AUGUGGAAGCUAUCAGUUAGGUUGAUUAGACCUGUGCGUAUACAACCUUUAAGACUAUUCACAACCCAGCAAAUACUAUUUCAACAUGUGGCCAAAUCCAGUCCUCAAGCUGUUAAGCCUGUUUCUCCAAAAUCCAAUAAUGAAGCCCCAAGAGAAUAUGAGAUCGGGAAAUUAUCCCAGUCCAUAAGAGAACAUUUAGAAAAGAGUAAAAAGUCCAGACAACUUCAAAUAGAGGAAAGUAAAAACGAAAGGGCCAAACAAACAUUCAAACAAAACUUCAAGACAAUAUUCAGAAUCUUCACCUUAGGUAAACCUGACUUGAAACUAUUUUUAAUUGCCUUGGGAUUUAUUCUAUUUGCAGUUCUUUAUCCCACUGCAGCGGUCAAGUUGGUGGGAGCUUCAAUAGAUGCAUUCAACUCCAGGUCGUUCGAUGAAGAUGGGAAUGUUCUUAUCUGGGGAUUUCCAGCUACUACUGUAUUUGGUUUCAUGGCUCCAUUUAUGGUUGUAAGUGCAGUAUGUUUCUGGGCUAGAAUUUGGCUUUUAAAGAUUUUAGGGGAAAGAUUGGUAGCUAGAUUGAGAUUAAGGGUGAUGAAAAACAUCAUGAGGCAUGAUUCAAAGUUUUUUGAUAACGAAAAGCACAAGGUUGGGGAUUUGAUGUCCAGAUUGAGUAGCGACGCUUAUGUAGUAUCUCGGUCUAUAACAGGAAAUCUUCCCGACGGUUUGAAAAAUGUAUUAUUUGCGGUUAUUUCUUCUUAUAUGAUGUGGUCCAUUAAUCCCUUGUUGUUUGGUGUGAUGAUGUUGAUAUCUCCACCAAUUACAUUCGGAUCAGUUUGGUACGGGGAACAAAUAAGAAAAUUAUCCACAAACUUGCAAAAUUCUACCGCUAAUCUCACCAAAAUAAGUGAAGAGACUUUAAACUCAAUGAAACUCGUUCAAGCGUUCACUACAGAAACCAAAGAAUUAACAAGAUAUUCUGAUCAGUUGAGAAAUGUCGUUGGCGUUGCAAAGAAAGAAGCCAUGGCUCAAUCAAAUUACCUGGUAUCUAUAUACUCACUAUAUCAUACCGGCUACCUAUCAUGUGUUGCGUUAGGUGUUUAUUCCAUAGCCAAUGGUUGGAUGACCACCGGGGAUGUUGUCGCUUUUACGAUGUAUUCUGAAUUGUUCAAUUCUGCUUUGUAUUCUUUGACUACUACCUACUUGGAAUUGAUGAAAGGUGCCGGUGCAGGUGUCAAAUUGUUCGAAUUAAUCGAUCAUAAAAAUGAUGUUGAUACUGUAAAAGGUUCCAAAAUCAAUCAUUCUUUCAAAGAUAAUUCUGUAGAAUUCAGGGAUGUAGAGUUUUCUUACCCUACAAGGCCCCAACAUAAGAUAUUUGAUGGUUGUUCCUUCAAGGUUGCUUCAGGAUCGAGUACGUGUUUUGUUGCACCCUCAGGAUGUGGUAAAUCAACCAUUGCCACUCUCCUAUUAAGAUUCUAUAAUUUAAACAAAGGUCAAAUUUUAAUCGGUGGCGAAGAUAUAUCCAAAUAUCAAGUUCGUGAAUUGAGAAGAAAAAUUAUUGGUAUCGUGCAACAAGAACCUAUUCUCAUUUCAGGCUCGAUUUUGGAGAAUAUAGUCUAUGGACUAACUGCUCAAGAGAUCAAUAAACUCACAAUGGAGGAUAUUAUUACUGUUUCCAACCAAGCGAACUUAGAGUUCAUUGAUCACUUCUCUGAUGGAUUCGAUACAAUGAUAGGUGCCAAGGGAGCUAGUUUGUCAGGAGGACAAAAGCAAAGGAUAGCUAUUGCUAGAGCGUUGAUAAAGAAGCCAAAAAUCUUGAUAUUGGAUGAAGCAACCUCAGCAUUGGACUCGAAAUCAGAAAGUUUAAUCAAUGAAACCUUGAAAAAUAUCUCGAAGGAGGGAUCAAUGACUAUCAUAUCCAUCGCACAUAGACUUUCAACAAUAUCAAAAUCAGAGAAUGUAGUAGUUCUUGGGAAAGAAGGUAAAGUCGUGGAAUCAGGAAGAUUCAUCGAUUUAUUCUCCAAUUCGAACUCUGAAUUGUCUAAAUUGUUAGACGAAUCAAUAGAUGAAGAAGAACCACAAAUUGAAGAAGCUCCGGAAGAUCAACCUGAAGAGGAAGAUUUGGAAAAGAUCCGAAAUUUGAUCUACAAUCUCCCCAUCGACAAACAAAGAGAACUUCUUUCUACCAUAUAUGGUGACGACCGUUCUAAAGUCACCGAUACUUUAUAG